CAGACGCCACUUCCAGCCUCCCUGGGAGCUCGCACAGCUGCAACGAUGGCCCGAGGGCAUCUGCUCCGGGCUGCCCUGCCGGUCUUUCUUUCUUUGGCGCUGGUCGAGAGCAUCAACCCCGGCUUUGUGGGCAGGAUCACGGGCAAAGGCUUGGAUUAUGCCCGCCAGGAGGGCGUCGCGGCCUUGCAGAAGGAGCUGGCUAGGAUCAAACUGCCUGAAUUCUCUGGGUCCUUCAAAGUCAAGCACCUCGGACACGUCCACUACAAAUUUGACAGCUUGAAUAUCCGGUCGUUCCAGCUGCCCAGUUCCGCCAUCGCGCCCGUCCCAAACGUGGGCCUCAAAGUCUCCAUCGACAACGCCUUUGCCGAGGUCUCCGGGCACUGGAGGGUGAAGAAGACGCGGGUUGUAAGCGGCCACGGCUCGUUUGACCUGAAACUCGAGGGCCUCUCCAUCUCGGUGGGCCUGAAGCUGGGUAGCGAUUCGGCCGGGAGACCCACGGCCGCCUCUUCUGCGUGCAGCACCCACAUCUCCAGCGUCCAAGUGCACAUCCACAGCAAGUGGAGCUGGUUGACCCAUCUGUUCCACAGCAAAAUUGAGUCAUUCUUAAGAAAGUUCAUGGAAGACAAGGUCUGCGCAGAGGUGUCUGAUUCCAUCAGCUCCAAACUCCAGCCCUACCUGCAGACUUUGCCAGUCACAGCAAAGAUUGACCCGGUGUCUGGGAUCGAUUAUUCCCUGGUUGGUUCUCCCGUCGCCACAAGUGAUUCCCUGGAUGUGGAUCUCAAGGGUGAAUUCUUUUCCCUCGCUCACCGCUCCGAGGCUCCUUUCCCACCUCCUGCCUUGGCUCUCCCUACGGAUCAUGACCGCAUGCUCUAUUUUGGGAUCUCGGAUUACUUGUUCAACACAGCUGGCUACGUCUACUAUCAAGCCGGUGCGCUGACCUACGAAAUCACCAAUGACAUGAUUCCCAAGGAGUCUAAAAUCCGGCUGAACACCUCCUCCUUUGCAUCCCUGGUUCCACAGAUUGAAAAAUUGUACCCUGACAUGCUCAUGAAACUGAAGGUCUCUCCUUCUUCUGCACCGUCUCUGGCCAUCACCCCUGAGAGCCUGUCUCUGGCCCCGACGAUGGAGGCCCAAGCCUUCGCUAUCCUGCCCAACAGUUCCCUGGCUCCAUUGUUCGUGCUGGACGUGUCAACCACCAUUUCGGCCAUUGCUUCUGUGCAGUCCAAUAAGAUUGUCGGUUCCCUGAAGCUUGGGAAGAUGCAGUUAUCCUUGAAGCACUCAGACGUGGGGCAGUUCUCGGUGCAAAUGAUGCAGGCCAUCAUGAACUACUUCGCUACCAGCGUCCUGGUCCCACAGAUUAACGCACGCCUGGCACAAGGAUUUCCUCUUCCUCUUCUGGACCACCUGCAGCUGUCCGACCCCGUCCUCCAAUUACAUCAGAAUUUCUUGUUCUUCGGAGCGGAUGUACACUAUGGUUAGCAAAGAUGCUGAAGACAGCGAGAGGAACAGCAAGGACAAAGGGAAGCCCGCCCGCCCUCCCGCUUCCGCUGUUCGGUUUCGGCCAUCCACCUGGAAGGUUCCUCUCCUGGGCUCCUUCGUCUUAGCAAAUGGCAUCCUCUUCAUCCCUGCCCCUUCCCCCUUGGCCUGCCGCCCCUCACCUGGGGGUCUUUAGGUGAGGCACCCGAGCACACUCACGAGCUGAGCAGGAGAAAUGAGCUAAUUCCUCCUCACUGGGAUUUUCCUCCUGACCUUGGGAAUUGGCUCCUGCUACUGUGAUGCCGGACACCCGCCGGCCGAGCCUCUACGUGGCAGUUGUCCACAGACGGUGUCCAAGCUGUGCUGUUUGACUCCCAGCCACAAGCUGAGGUGCCUGCCCCGAGAACGGACGAGACUCCCCCUCUGCCCUCUUGUGGAACUCCUGCCAUAGAUGCUUCAGCUAAUCCGGGUGGCCGAUCUCAGCCGUUGCUCUGGCACGUUGUGGGGACGGCCUCCCACCUGGCUGACUUCAAGUCCGUCGUUCUGGAGCUCGAUGGAACCUCCAUGUUCCAAGGCAGCGUACCUCUAAACACCAAUGGCUAGGAAUGAAAUGCCAGGAAAAGGGACCCCUUGCCCAUCUGCCUGUGUGUUUCCCCAGGGACAUCAAACUGGAAACAGACUACAUAGAUCCGUGGUGGCGAACCUUUGGCACUCCAGAUGUUAUGGACUACAAUUCCCAUCAGCCCCUGCCAGCAUGGCCAAUUGGCUGAUGGGAAUUGCAGUCCAUAACAUCUGGAGUGCCAAAGGUUCACCGCCACUGACAUAGAUAGACCUUUGGUCUGAUCCAGUUGUUCUCAUAUUCUCAGAUCAUUAACAGCGAUGACGUUUUUCUCAGAGUGGCAGCCUCACAUCAGCGGUGAUCCGCUUCCAGGGAGAGCCAAGAGAAUCCAAACCCUGUCCCCAGACGAAGGGGGCAGACUUGUUGGGGGGGGGGGCGAGGCUGGACAGCUGAGUCAGUUGGUACACGAGCCCUAAAUCCAUCUGCGUUUGCUGUCUUGAGACCAAAGAGGUCACGCAGGUGCCAGGAAAAGGGGGUCGUGCAGCCAUCAAAGACCGAAAUAAAAAAGGAAGUCCAUGAAA